AUGAAGUUUGAUAACGUAUUAGAAUAUCUGGGAGAAUUUGGAUUAUAUCAGAAAAGAAUAUAUGCUUUGGUGUGUUUACCAGCUUUAGUCAAUGGAUUAUUUAUCAUUUUGACCGUUUUUAUACUGGCCAUACCCGAGCAUAGGUGUGCCGUACCGUCUUUAUCUAAUGAUACGUAUGCUAUACAAGGAUCAUGGCAUGAAGACUUGAUUAACCAGUCUAUACCUAGUAGUAAAGAUGGCUGGUCUAAAUGUACUAUAUAUAAUUAUACUGAAGAUGGUAAUAAAACAGAAGUUAGAUGUAAUAAAUGGGUUUAUGAUAAAUCACGGUAUGAUAAUACAUUUAUGUCACAGAGGAGGUAUGCUGGUAAUAUAAUCAUGUUAGCCUGGGUAAUCGGGUUGUUUCUUCUCGGUUUACAAGCAUACUUUAUAAGAGACUGGAAGAAUCUGACUCUUGCUACCUCCGUGCCAAGCAUUUUGUUUUUUUCUUAUUGGUGGUUGUUACCAGAAUCCCCCAGAUGGUUAUUGUCUAAAGGUAGAUAUAAAGAAGCAGAGGAAAUUAUCCGUAAAGCAGCCAAGGUCAAUCAGGUUGACCUCCCGGAAAAUCUUUUUGAUAAAUCAUCUCUUGAAACAACUGCUAAUGCUAAUAUAAGUCAGAUGUUUACAACUCCACGACUUGUAGCGAUGUCUCUUAUUGUCUUCUUUAAUUGGUUUGUAGCAAGUGUGACAUAUUAUGGCUUAACUUUAAAUGUGACUAAUCUAAGUGGAAAUGUCUAUCUGAACUUUACCAUUGGAAACAUAGCGGAGACCAUCGCCUAUGUUUUAUGUAUUAUAUUACUAGACAGAUUAGGAAGAAAAGUUCUACAUUGUUCUGUUAUGUUAAUAGGUGGUUUAGCUUGUCUCAGCACCAUGUUUCCGGUUAUAUACGGAGAUGAUUCUCAUCUUUGGAUAACGACAGUUUUAUCAACAAUAGGGAAGCUAGCAAUAUCUGCUGCCUUUGCUAGUAUCUACAUUUUUACAGCCGAGCUAUUUCCAACUACUCUCAGAAACACAGCUAUAGGCAGCAGUUCAACCUGUUCACAAUUCGGCGGAAUGAUAUCUCCCUAUGUAGCAGAUUUGGGAAUAAUAGUUGGCGGAGAUCUGAAAACAGCUUUACCUUCAAUAGCGUUUGGCUCCAUCUGUGUAAUUGCUGGACUACUGUCUUUGUUUCUACCUGAAACUUUAAAUCAAAAGUUGCCAGAAAACGUCGAAGAUACUAAAAGUUUAAGAAGGUAUUGUAUAAAUAAACAGCAUUGGAGGAUUAUGGUUGGAGUCGAGAUAUUGACAAGGGAAGUGUGA